AUGUCUGAUGAUAAAGUUGAAAAUGGAGCAUAUAUCAAUAACCCUGAGUUCCCAUUUAAAAAUUUAAAUAUAGAAAAAAUUGAAAAAAUAAGAAAAAGUACAAGUUUAAAUAAAAAGGUUAGUAGUCAAAAAAAUAAAAAUAAUGAAGAUUCAGAAGAAAAAGAAAAUAUUUUUAAACAAACUAAUAUACAAAAGUUUCAAAGUUUAUUAAGCAAAAAAGUAAAUAAAUCUAAAAAUUUUAUUGAAAGGAAUAUUGAAAAAAUUGCAACAUUAAGUAAAAAAAAUGAUAUGUUUAUAAAAUCAAAAAAACCUUGUAAUAGAAAACAUAUAAUUGGCUACGAUUUACAAAAAGAUAAUAAAAAAGAUUUGAAAGAUAAAAUAGAAGGUGAAAAAAAAUCCUUAAAAAAUAGAAAUAUUUCAAACGAUACAAUAAACCAAAACAUAUUGAUCAAUAUAAAAAAUAAAAAUAUAACAAAUGAUAUUAAAAAAAAAAAUUUAGACAAAAAAAUAGAUAAUGACGGAAAUAAUAAAAACAACAUGAUUGUGAAUGAAAAAAAGAUGAAAAAGCAUUCUCACCUAAAUUUUGAAAGAUCUAAAAGUUUAAAAAUAAAAAGCCAAUAUUUAAAAAAUAGUAAAAAUAAUUCCACUUCAAUUAUUAGAAAGCAUAAAUCAUUUUUAAAUGAGGAUAUAUUUAAUAAAAAUUAUAAAAGUAAAUUGAAUUCUGAUGAAAUUAAUAAGAAAUCUUUAGAAUAUAACAAAAAUGUUACUUAUCUAAAAAAAUAUACCCAGAAAAGUAUUCAAGACAAAAAAAAUGAAUUGAAUAAUAUAUUGGAUAAAAAACAUGAAAUAACAAAUAAAGAUAAUAUAGAAGUAUCAGAGGGUAAGUUAAAAAAAAAUAUUUUAAAUGAUAAUACACAUAAAAAUGAGUAUAGUAUAAGUGAUUAUGAUAAUGAUGAAAACAUUUAUGAAGAAGAGAAAUUCAAGGAAAGUUUAAAUUUUAUAACUUCGUUUAAUGAGAAAAGUGAAAUAAAAGAAGAAUCAUUUAAUGAAAUGGAAAAUAAAUUGAAAAAAUUAAAAAUAUUAGAAAAUGAAAACGAUAAAAGUGUAUAUGAUAAAACAGAAAAAACACAUAAUGAUAAAAUUAACAAAAAUGUUAAUUCUUUAAGUUGCGAUUUAAUGAAUAAUAAAUAUGAAAGUAUUUAUAUAAAUGAAAAUGAAAAUAGUCAAAUUAAUUAUAAUAAUGAUUUUUAUAAUAAUUCCUAUAAUAAAAACGAAGUACAUAAAUUAGAAAACAAAGAUAAAUUAUAUAAUAAUAAUUUAAAUUCUUCGAUAUUUACUAGUAAUAGUGAUAUAUAUACAGAUAAAAAAAUAGCUUUACAAAAGUCUGUUAGCUUAAAUGACAAUUCAUCUAUUGAUACAUUAACUAAUUAUAGUUUAAAGAAUAUUAAUGAAUUUAAAAUUGUAAACGAGAAAAAAAAAUUAAAAAAUAGAUUAAGUAACAAUUGUAGAAGUUUUAGUUAUGAUGUGGAAACGUUUAAUAAUAAAACAAACAAAAUAUUAACUCCUGAUGAAAUAUAUUUAAAAAAUGUUAAUAAAAAAAUAGAUGAAAACAGAUUUUCAGAUAAAAUAUAUUUAAAAAAAUUUCACGAAAGCAUAAACAAAAUUAAAUCUUUAGAUAAAUUACUUUUAGAAAAAUCGUCGGAUAUAAAAGACAAAAGAAAGGUUUCUAACAAAGUGCUUUUAAAUAAUAUUCAGGAAAAUAAUAAUAAUUGUAACAAAGAAAAUAUUAAGGGUAAAUUUAAAAUAUCAAAUUAUAAAAAUUCCUUAAGUGAUGAUUUUGAUUUGAAAGAAAGAUCUAUAUCGAACAUAUGUUCUACUGAAUAUAAAAAUAAAGUUUUUGAUUCCAAAAGUAUUAAGGAAUCUAAAAAAGAUUCGUUGAUUAAAUGUAUGAAUAACACAUCUAAAAUAUUUGAAGAAAGUUUUAGUUUAAAACAAAAUUAUUUUAAAAAUGUUAUGAAAGAUAGUAAAAAGGAUUAUGAUGAAUUAAAAAGUAAAAACAAAGAAAAAGAAUAUAGUGAUGAAUAUAGUGAUGAAUAUUGUGAUGAAAAUUGUGAUGAAAAUUGUGAUGAAAAUUGUGAUGAUUUGGGUGAAAGCGAAAAUCACACAAAAAUGUUAAAUAAAGAUAGUGAGAUAACCAAAAAUGAUGUAAAUAAUGAAAAAAUUCACAAUUUAUCACAAUUAGAUAUAUGUAACGAAAAUAUUAAUUUAACUGAUAAUUUUUAUGUAGAAAAUUAUCAAAAUACAAGCGAUUCUUCAAAAAUAAAUUAUAAUAUGAAGAAAUAUAAUAAAUUUAAAAAUUCACAUAAAGAGAUAGAUUUUCAAAACAAAAAUAUGUUUAAUAAAAAAUAUAUAAAUUCUAAUUAUUACGAAAAUUCUCCCACUAAGACAUCAGAAAAUAUUUCAGAAAUCGGUAAUAUUGAUUUUUAUAAAAAUAAUUCUGAAAAAGAGAAAAACAAAGAUGGAAAAUACAAAGAAAAAAAAGAGAAUGAAGAUGAAAAAAUACAAUGUGAAAUUGAUAAAAAAGUAAAGAGUGACGAAAUAAGUGAAAAUAAAGAAAAAGAAAAAAAAUUUGAAAGAAUAAAUGAUGAAGGAGAUGAAUUAUAUGAAGAAUAUAAACAAAGAGAAAGAAAAGAUAUAAAUAUAUGUGAAGAUAUAGAAGAAAAAGAAAAAUAUAAAGAGGAAGAGAAAGGAAUAAAAAAAAUAAAUGAAGAAAUAGAAGAGGAAGGUGAAGAAUUAAAAUAUAAUGAAAUGUAUCAGAAUAAUGUUGAAAAAGGGAAACAGUAUAAUGAAAAUGAAGAAAAUUAUAAUAGUAAAAAAGAACAGAUUUGUAAGGAAAAAGAAUGUGUAGUAGAAUUUAAUAAAAAAUAUUUUGAUAAAAAUAAAAAAAUUGACAUUUUAAGAAAGGAAAAUGUUUAUAGUUCUUUAGAAAAUUCAAAGGAAGAAAACAGUUUUUCAUUAGGAACAAAAGAAGAUUCCACACGAAAAAAUAAGUGUAAUGUUUUAGAUGAAUUUAAAAAUGUAAGUAAUAAUUCAUAUUCAUAUCAAGAUGGUGAAAGCAAAAAUAAUUAUAAUUUAGAAAAAAAUGAAAUGAAAAUAAACAAUUUUGAAGAAGAUAAAAAUAAAGUUCUAUAUAGUUCUAAUGAUACAUAUAAUACAGAAAUAGUAAAAAUAUAUAACAAAAAAUUAUCAAAUGAAAAUAUCAAUAGAAAACAAAAUAAGAUUAUAAACAAAAAAAUGAUAUUGAAAGAAAUUUUUGGUUCUAAUUAUGAAUCGAGCUUAAAAAACACUCUCAAUGAAUCUAGUAAUAAGUUAGAGGAUGAAGAAGAAGAGGAAGAAAAAGGAGUGGAUAUAUAUAAAAAUGAUGAGGAAGAGAACAACAAACUAAAAGUUGAAGAAAAAAGGAAACAACAAAAGGAAGAUAAAGAAUCAGAGGAGGAAAAUGAAGAAUAUAAAUAUGAGAAAAAAAAAAUGAAAGAAAUAAAAAGUGACCAAAAUAUGGAAAUAAAUGAAAGUAAAUAUAAUAUUUUUACAAAUAAAUCUCUUUCAAAAGAUAUUAGUGAAUUUUCAAGAUCCUCUUAUGAUAAAACAAAAAAUAUAGACAAAAAUUUUUAUACUGAUGAAUUAGAAAAUUGUGACGAUUCCUUAAUUAAAAGAUAUGAAGAAAACUCCUCUCCUUUGAUUCUGUCUAAGCCUUUUUUUAAUGAUAAGACUAGUGAAAGUAGUUUUAACAAAAGUGUGAUAAAAGAGGCAGAAAAAAAUGAAUUUUUAAAUUUAAAAACUAAUGAUAAUUUUUUAGGAAAAACAGAAAUAAAUGAUUUAAGAAAUUCAUCAAUAUCCAUGAAAAUAAAAAGUGUUGAUGACUCUUUAUGUGAAUACCCAAAAGAUUACUUAUCUAAAGAAUACGUUAGUUUAUCAUUAAAAAAAAAUAAAAGGAAUUAUAAAAAUGAUGAAGAAAGAAUGAGUAAAAUGAAAGAAAAUAAGGUUGAAGAAACUAUUGAAAAAGUGAAUGAAGAAGAAUUGAGUGGAAAAGAAGUGUAUGAAGAAGAAUUGAAUAAAAAAGAUGUGGAUGAAGAAGAAGUUAAUGAAAAAGAUGUGGAUGAAGAAGAAGUUAAUGAAAAAGAUGUGGAUGAAGAAGAAGUUAAUGAAAAAGAUAUGAAGGAAAAUAAAACAAACAAAAAUGAAAUAAACAAAGAAGUUAGUGAAGAAAAAAUGAGCGAAGACAAAACAGUCAAAGAAUCUAAUGAAAAAAAAAUGAGCGAAGAUGAAAUAAACGAAAUUAAUAAAGAAAAAGUGGACGAAGUAGUUAAUGUAGGUGUAAAGAAACAGAUGGAGAAAGAAGAAAUUUUAAAAAAAAAAAAAGAUAUCGAUAAAAAUGAGUAUCAAAAAUAUGGAUAUAAUUUUUCAGAUGAAUAUGAAUCUGAGUAUUUAAUAAUAAACAAUGAAAAUGAAAAUAUAGAAAGUAAAAAAAAAGGAGAAAUUAGAAAUUAUAACGGAGUGGAAUUAGAGAAUAAUUCAAAACACUAUGAAUAUGAAAACUCUACAGGAAAAAAGGAAAAAAAAAAUUUAUGCAUUGACAUUAGUACUGAACAAUUAGAAAAAUAUAAAGAAGAAAAUAAAAAUAUAAAUAAUUUUAAUGAUGAUAACAAUGAAAUGAAUAACAAAAAAAAGUAUAUGAUGUCAAAAUACAUGAAUAAAAAUUUCCUAAUAUAUAAAGAUAGAUUAUUUUUUGAAAAAGAGGGUAAAUUAUAUGAUAAAAAGGCGUUAGAUGUAAAUCAUGAAACCAUACAUAAUUAUGGUGAUAAAUUUAAAAAUUAUAAAGAAAAUAAGUAUAUAUAUGAUAAAGUAGGUGAAGAUUAUAAUUGUUUAAUUAAAAAGAAAAAUUCCAAAAAAAAUAGUUAUAUAGAUUUAUAUGAAAAUGUAAAAAAUCAUAUGUUAAAUGAUAAUAAAGAUAUAGAGAAUAAUAUAAAAAGUAGGAAAGAGGAUAGUUAUUAUUUUGAUUAUUUGAAAUAUAAUAAUUCAAAAUAUUAUGAUGAUAAAUAUAAUGAUGUUAAUAUGGAAGAAAAUGAAUAUACAAUGAAUAAAAGAAAAAGAAAAAAUAUAUUUGAGCAGGAUAGCAUAAUAGAAAAUAAAAAUGAUAACAAACUUGAUAUACACUACAAUAAAAAUGAAUAUUCUGAUGGAAUAAAUAAAAAGAUUAAAAAAAUAGAAAAUAUAAAUAAUAGUAAUAUAUCUUAUGACAAUAGUGAAAGUUCUAAAGCGAUGUUAUUUCAUAGUAUUAAUGAAACAACUAAUAGUAGCAACACAGUAGUAUCAAAAAGAAGUAAAUAUAUUUUAAAGCAGUCUAAUUGUUCGUCUAGUUAUGAUGAUAUUCCAAUGUUUUUUAAUUUUGUUAAUUGUUGUUCUAUAGUUUUAGGAUCAGAAAUAAUAUAUGUAACUGAUGAAACAUAUGGAAAAUGUGAAAAUAUUUUAAAGGAUAAACCAUUUAAUACAAAUUUAGAAAAGGGAUAUUAUGAAGAUAUUUCUAAUGAUUUGUAUAGUGUAUUAAAUAAUAAUUUAAGUGUAUAUGUAAAUAGUAGUAAAUAUUAUGAAAUAAAAAAAAGAGAAAAUAAUGAAAGCAUUUUAGGUGAUCUUUUUUUAAAUUUUAACGAAGAAAACAAUUUUGGAAAUAUUAAUGAAAAAUCAACGAAUCCCUUAAAUUAUGAAUGCCCUGGAUGGUUAACCAAAAGAAGAAUCAAAAAAUAUUUUGAUUUUUGUGUAAUAAAAUUAUGUAAACCUACAUUAAUUAAAGGAAUAGAUAUUGACACUAAUAACUUUUUAGGUAAUUAUGCACCAUAUGUUUCUAUUGAAGGAGCAUACAUUGAAGAUGAUAUUUUAAUGGAUUCAUGUUCUUUUUCAAAAUACGUUAAUAAAAUUAAAUAUGAAUGCAAAAAAAAAAAUGAUUUAUUAUUUGAAAAAGAUUUUUUUUAUCAGAAAAAUAAUGAAAAUGAUAAAAAAUUAAGUGAAAAUUUGCAGGAAAAUAAUGAUAACUUUGAUGACAAAAUAAGGAAUAAUCUAUUCAAAAACAGAGAAGAAGUAGAAAUAAAAAUAGAUGGAAAAACAUAUUUUAAAAGAAAUAAGUACUUUUAUGAGCCUAUAUUAAUUAACAUUAUUGAUAAAUCGGAUCAAGAAUAUGAAAAAUAUUUAGAAAUUUUAAAACAUAAUAAUGAAUUCAAAAACACAAAAAGUAAUACUAAAUCUAAUUCAUUUGUCACAAAUGGAAAUGAAUAUCGUUACAUAGAUAACAAAUUAUAUACAUUAGUAGAUGUAACAAAGGAAAUAGCAAGUAAAUAUCCAGAUGUUCACAAUCAUUUUUUAAAAAAUCCCUAUUUUUAUUUAGAUAAAAAUAAUAGUAACGAUGUAAAAAAUUACACACAUUAUAACAAAAUUAAUGAAAACAAUAAUGAUUACAUAAAUAAAACACAAAAUAAUGACAAUAAAGAUAAUGAAAAAAAUGAAAAAGUUGUGAAUAAUGAAGAUGAUGAUUUUUCUUUAAUAAAUAAUUCAUAUAACUCCAAUACAUUAUUUUUAGAUAAUGAUUAUUCAAUUGAAAAGAAGAUAUAUAAUGAUUUACAUAAAAAAUAUCAAUGGAUAUCAAUAUUAGAAGAUGAAAGAAUGAAUCCAGGGUAUAAAAAUUAUAACCACAAUUGUUUUAACAUAAAUACAUGUAAUAAAAUAUUUACUCAUUUAAUUGUGUGUUUACUACCUGAUGGUGGAAUAAAUAAAUUAAGAGUUUAUGGUGAGAUUAAAAUAAGUGAUAAAGAAAAAAAAAAAAAUUUUAAAAAAACUAUUAAUGUGUGUAAUAUAUUAGAUGGAUCAAAUAUUGUUUAUACUACUGAUGAAUUUUAUGGAAAAUCAGAAAAUAUAUUAAUUGAUCAGAAUUCUAAUUAUGUUAUGGGUUGGCAAACAAGAAGAUUAAUAAAUAGACCAUUACGUUAUGUCGAAAAUUUAACAUUAAGUAAUAUAUCAUCUAUAUUUUCUAAUAAUAAUUAUUGUAUAAUUAAAUUAAGUUUUAUUACUAAGAUAAAAUAUAUAGAAAUAAAUACAAUAUUUUAUGAAUAUAAUUUUCCUUUAUGUGUGUCUAUUGAUUCUUGCUAUUUAAAAGAAGUACAUUCUGAAGAGAAAAUAAAGCAAAUAAAAUUUUUUAAUGAGAAUAUUCAAAGUAUUCAAUGGAAGGAAUUAUUACCACUAUCAUACAUAAAAGGAAACCAUAUAAAUUUUUUUACAAUCAAUAAAACAUCAAACAAAAUUCCUUUAAAUGAUAUGGUUUCAUCACAUCUACGAUUAAAUAUAUAUCCUGAUGGGGGUAUAAAUACUAUUAAAGCAUAUGGAACUGUAAUUGAAAUUUAA